ACAUCAGAUUGUCAAACUUUCAGAAUAGAAAGAAAAUGGUUAUGAACACAAAUGUUGUUUAGAGUUUCGAAAAACGUAUAAACUAUGGAUUUUCAAAAUAGACCCGGUGGAAAAACUGGGGGUGGAGGUGUUGCAUCAUGGUCGGAAAGCAAUCGCGAUCGCCGAGAACGUCUUCGUCAAUUAGCGUUAGAGACAAUCGAUUUGCAAAAGGAUCCUUAUUUUAUGAAAAAUCAUUUAGGAUCCUACGAAUGUAAAUUAUGUUUGACCCUUCACAAUAACGAAGGAAGUUAUUUAGCCCACACGCAAGGUAAAAAACAUCAAGAAAAUCUUGCACGCCGUGCUGCUAAAGAAGCAAAAGAUGCUCCACAAACAUUAGCACCAGAAAAACCUCGAGUAGAGCCCAAAAAAUUUGUUAAAAUUGGUCGUCCUGGUUAUCGAGUAACAAAACAGCGUGAACCUGAAAGUGGACAACAAAGUUUACUUUUCCAAAUUGAUUAUCCUGAAAUAUCCGAACAUGUUUUACCUCGACAUAGAUUCAUGUCAGCUUAUGAACAAAAAGUUGAACCACCUGAUCGUAAAUGGCAAUAUUUACUGUUUGCAGCCGAACCAUACGAAACAAUAGCGUUUAAAGUACCUAGUCGUGAGGUAGAAAAAUCAGAUAACAAGUUUUGGACUCAUUGGAAUCGUGAUACAAAACAAUUCUUCUUACAAUUUGCAUUUAAGAAUGAAGCGAAGAAGGGACAACCUACAAUGAUUAUACGUGGCGGAAUGAUGCCUCCUAUGCUUCCGGUACCACCCCCACCAAGACCACCAAUUUUUGGUGGUGUACCACCACCGCCUCCUAUGAUGGGAAACAAUUUAAUGCCAGUUCCGCCACCACCACCACAAUCAGGAUAAAUUGUGUAUUAGUAUGUUUAUCUAAUAAAUAAUUUUAAUUCAAAAA